UCAGAACAGCCCUUAUCUUCUUUCUCCUUCCUCCCGUCGGAUCAUAACAAGAAGAAGACAAUUCAAUCCUCUUUCCUGAUUUUUUUUUGGGAUCAUUUUCUCCUGUUUUUCUUUUCGAGAUUUCACCAAAUACAAAUUUAUAUAUUCGAUAAAGACAAAGCUUAUUCUUGUCCUUUUUUUCGGACAACUUUUUUUUGUGCUGUAAUAAAAUCAAACUGGGCUUUGUCGUGAAAUUUAAUAAAUCCUCCUUGGCCGUAGAAAAUUUCCAAAAAAAAAAAAAAGGAAUUGGGAGAUGCAGACAGGAAGAUGAAUAUGAAGCGCUAGUUGUAUUUUGUUUGUGCAAAAUCAUUAAGUGUGGAGUUUGUGGAUGCAACAUCUUCUUGGGCAAAACUUGUGAUGCUAAACAUUUGGAUUCAGUGAAGAAAUAGAGAUUGGUUUUUGGUUCAAUUCUUAAUAAUCAUGGUGGAGCCUUACGAGACACGUAACAACAACAACGGUGAAGCUUAUCAGAUGGUUAGGUACCAGAGUUACAACCAUCACAAUCCCACAAUACCAUCGUUACCACUCCUGGAUUUGAGAGUGUUCUAUGUCAGAAUCAGCAACUUCAAGGUGGAUGAUUCCACUCCUGAGGUCCUCACCAUCACCCACGUCCCUCUUGAUCCAGACUCUCUCCUCGAGAUCAACGGCGUUCGAAUGAGCAUUCACUCCGAAGGAGUCUCCUCUCAGCUGAGGCGAGACCGUGUUGAUAAGAAAUCAGAGGAAGCUACUUUCAUCAGCACGGACAACAUCAGGUUAUCUGGUAGUGUGAAGUUCGAGGUAUGUGACAAAGAGGAGCUUGUUUUGUCUGGGACGUUGGAGAUGUCUGGUAGUAAUGGCUUCACAGGGGAGUCUGCUAAGCACAGUGUGAAGCGGUGGGGGAUGAACUGUGAAGCUGAGAUCACUGCAGGGUCUGGUUUCUUGAAGGAGAAACACAUUGGUUGUUCUGAGUUGUCAUCAUCUCCGUUGCCGAGUAUUGAAGUGUACGUCACUGGUUGCUUCUCAGGAACGCCUAUUAUUCUAACCAAGACGCUGCAGCUUGGUUUCAGGAAGAAGCACAGUAGAACGAGUGCGUUGGAUUCGAUUCCAGAGUAUGAAAGUGGUGAGUCUCAGAAAGGCAGCUCAUCUGAGCUUGAUUUUCAGGUAACAGAAUAUGGAAGCUAUAAACAAGAGUAUGAAGGAGAAUACGGAGACAUGUAUAUGGGAAGAGAGUACGCAGAUGGUGAAGAUGGGGAAAUGUCGUGGUUCAAUGCGGGUGUGAGGGUUGGUGUGGGAAUUGGACUUGGUGUAUGUGUAGGUCUGGGCAUUGGGGUUGGCCUUCUUGUGCGUACCUAUCAAUCAACCACCAGAAACUUCAGAAGAAGGCUUAUCUAGUCUUCUUCACUCAAUUCACCUCCUUAAGCAUCUUCUCCUUUGCCUCUCUCUCUCUCUAACUCCACUCCAUUGCAGAUCUCUUUUUGACUGAUAGUCUAAUACCUAAUACUGCUGUGUAGUAGCAUAAUCUUUCUUGGUAUGUGUGUUUUUGUUUUAUCUUUGUGCCUUAAAAUUUUGAGAGGAAUCAUUGUCUUUUUUUUUUUUCUUGUUUGUUGAGAUUCAGACUGAAAGAAAACAAAGUUUGUUAUUGGUA